CAGCAAUGUUGUACGUGAAUGUCGGCGUGGACAAGUGCUCUCGCGAACAGUGGCGGUCACUCAUGAAAGGCGUCCCAUGGCAACAACCCUUCCUGCUGGUUAUACCCUUCCACGUACCUCUUUUGGACCGCUUGUCUUCACUCCGAUCUCGGUGUUGGAGGCGCCCUCCGAUGACAACAUCCGAGCUGGUCAACCUAGCAAACACCCUGUUCGUGUUUUAUGUUCAUGGCCGUCGCCUGGCCGAGACUUGGUCUUUAGCACGAUCAGGGCGAGACUGGGACUCCUUUGAGGAGAAGAGGCGGUCGAUGCUGGAGGCCCUGUCCGGCAUCAUGUCCAACCACAGCCCUGGCAACGACAGUAGCAGCAGCAGGAGCGGCGGCAGUAAGAGCAGUAGCUACCCCGAGGAUGGGAGCAGGUCCUGGGUUACGGGAGAGCGGCUGCCGGAGGAAGAGGAGGACAGGUUCGCCCUGUUUCUGGACACCGUUCGAGCGAGGACAUGCAAUGGGAUGGUGCUGCCGUGCAGUCCGUGGAACCUGGGUCGGUGCGUCAGCCCGGCGCAGGCUCAGACCCUUUUCGAAGCGGGGGACUGGUCGUUUCACCGCAAAUACACGUUUAAGCGCACGGAGACAGCGAGUUUGUUCGCCGGACCGCUGCUGGCGCUUCUGCUGAAUAACUUAGGGAGAUUUACGGGAGAAGAAGAGGCCACUUCCGACCAAACCUCGACGAGGAAAAAGGGAUCUGUACAGGUAUACUCCGGUGAGGUAGACACCGUGGGAGGCAUUUUGGCCGCCCUGAACGUGACGGAGUGGGCGUGGCCUCCAUACGCCAGCAACAUUGUGCUGGAGCUCUGGCGAAGGACUGAAGCUGAGGCCCUCCCGCGGGUGGAGGGGGGGCAGAUUGGGGCGGAGAAGUUCAUGAGGAUGCUCUACAAUGGCAGAGUGGUGAAGCCCAGCUUUUGCCAGCGGGAGGAAUGCCCGCUGCGAACUUACAGAGGUCACAUCAUGCAGUUCUUGGUGCCGGAGGACCUUGAGGAAGCUUGCAAGCCUCAGCUUCACCCUGAGGGACCUCCGUCGCAACCCUCCGAACGAGGAAGACGACCACCCCACCUUGAGCGACAGCGAAAAGGGGCAUGAGCACACGUCGGGACAACGGCCGCAAAAAGAGCGAGCGCCUCCGCCGGCGUUGGGAGGGACGGUCUACGUGAUGGCGCGGCAGUGGUAGACCCGCCCAUUUUUUUCGAUAACCCCUGGUGUCAAGGAGGGAAUACGGUGGUCGCUAUUCAGGGCAGGUCGCUAGGGUGGCGGCUGUAGGUAGGUGCAGUGGUGCCUCGCGCGAUUGUUUGACGGUCACGCCGCUCAAGGCAGGCGGCCGCUUAACCGGGGUCACCACCCUGCCCACCUGGAAACAUCAUCUUGGAACCGGAGGGGCGGGUUUGGCUUCCUCAAGACAUGCGGCGAGACUCAUACGGUUGCGCGGCCUUGUUUGGAGGAGACAGGCCUCUGCGAGAGUUUUCCGAGAAAUUCCUGAAAGACUCCGUCUAAUUCAAGACUGGGGGCCACCCCGCCUCCGUUAUCAAGACGUCGCGUGCGUAGUGUGGUUACUUAUGCCUCGGCGCGAAGCCGCAGCGCUCUACGGGCAAUGUUGUUGGAGGCGGCCUAGCGGAGAAACGCGGUGCGAUAGGUUCCGGUUCAUUUCGGCGGCGGAGCUUUGUUGUGUUCUUCGUUGGGGAGGCGGUAAGAUUUUCAUCGAUGUUCCUUGGAAGUGUAAUGUUAAUUGGAGGAUUUUUGUGACCGCGUAUGUUAUGGGUUGUCAAGCAUCUCUACCGAAACGUGGUAGACCGGUGCCCACACCAGGUGCGAUGAAAACACGCACACACGCACAUGUUUUUUUCGUUGUUUAUAUAUUUUUCUUUGUUGUUGAACUGGAUGCCAUCGGUGAGUGGUCCACGUUUGAGUAGUUUUGGCAGGACCUCCGAUACAGGCCCGCGAGGUUGCCUUUUUUACGAUCAUUCUCCCGGCAGGGCUACAAUAGGGAGAACCCCCCUCCCCCCCCACCUUUCACAGGGACCUCUACCGAAUGCUUUCCGCAAGAUCUAUCGCAAGAUCGCGCGGCCCCGUUCAGGGCUUUCGUCCUCGUUCUGAUACAGUCGCUACAAGCUUGGGUACGAUUAUGCUAGUCGUUGUACGAGUGUAGUUUUACUGUAUGAACAUAUUUAUAAAGAAUCCGCACCAUGGCGUGCGCAGCUAGAGGGGAGGGUAAGAACGCACAAGACGGACGCAUUCCGUCGGUUGUGCAUUCAGCCACCGUGAAGUGUGGUGUGGUGUCGUGUUUUGGGCGACUGCCUGACAGUGUUGCUGUGAANCUUAAGGUCAAAUUCAGGACCGGGAACAUAGGCCCUCGAGAACGUCGACGAAGACAUUGGACGGUAGACGACGAAGACGACGAGUGCAAAUGUGAUUGCGGCUUCGAAUGCGAAGACCGUGUUCAUGUAGUCGCGGAAUGUCCGCGGUACAAGAAGGAGAGGGAAGUGUACGUGACUGAGCUGGGAAAAAUAGAUGGGACGUGCAGGGAGAUGUUUGAGGCAUGGAAUAGAGAGGAAAGAACGGUAGCUGUACUGAGGCAAAGGAGGUGGGUUGAAAAGGCGGGAAGGGAUAUCGUUAGGAUAGACAGACUAGGGAAGACAUUUUUGAGCCACCUUUGGCAAAGUAGAAAGGAACGAUUGGCCAUCGGCGAUCGGUCCUGUGGGAACAAUGCUCCAUCCUCUCGAGGACGCGUGGUCAAUGUUCUAACCGCUAAGGCAUGCAAAACAUAAGAGUACCCCCCCCCCCCCCCCUUUUUUUUUCUUCAUCAGGAAACUGCAUUGCGUUUCUUGGGAUACUCUCCCUACCAUUUUGGUCAGUACUACGAAGAAGCUGCACAGCGUUUCUUCGGGUGAUCGCGAAGGUUUCUCUAUAAAAGUUUCUGGACGUCCAUGAUCCAAUUUGAUGAAGUAGUACGUUUAGUAGUAACGUAUGGAUAUCUACUAGGUUGCUUCGGACAAGUCAGUGCGUCUGACUGUCCCAUGUAUGUUUCGUUUUGGGCGGCGUGCUCCUCCAGGAGUGGAGAGGAGGCCGAGUCACAUCGACAGUCGUUCAUGCCCAUGAAUUCGUGUGUCCUUGUUGGAUCUACAUGCUUGCUUGUACAGGAGAAGAUAUACAACGGCGUGCCUGUGUAGUUCCUUCCACGCUGGAGGGGUUGCUCUUGUUUUGUUUCAGCCCCCGGUGUCGUGUGUGUUCUGGAACCCACUCCGUUUCGUUCUUCUUGACACAUUUUUUGCUUUUCAUGUGUGCAUGGAUGGUACUCUACGUUGUUCGGGAUAGCCUGUCUUGGUCGCGCGUGCCCUUGUGGCGACUUGUUUAGUCCUAUCACCUUAUAUGGCGAAGUCAGGAAUCCUGUUACACGUCGACGUUGUUGUUCUUGUUGAUGGACUGGUUGUUUGUUGUUGCAGCUGUUAUUGUUCUGGUUGUCUGUUGGUUGGUUGUUGCUGACAUUUGUUGUGUUUUUGGUUUGCAACUGUUUGUUGUUGUUAUGGUAAUGUUGGUGGUUGCUUCUGACAAGUCCUGCUGACGACUCCAAUCUUCUGUGGCAAGAAAAUAAGAGCUUGAAAGCUCCUGGGUUUCGCGGGCUGCGUGGAUCAACGUCCGGCGGCAGACAGAUGAUUCGCUGCGGUGUAUUGCCGUGUUUUUUUUUUCAGUUUCAUGUUGUCGAGGGCGCAUCGUCUCAGUAAUUGAGUUCGUGGACACACAUGCACAUCCGCGUUGAAUUUUCGCUCGAGGGCACCGCUGAUAG